GACCGCACUGUAUUGGGAGAGCCGCCUCUCUCAAAAUACGUAGCAGAGAGAAGCUUCUGGAUGAUCAACUAGCUGUUCUCACCGCCAUGCUUCUCUCCGGUUCUGUUCUGCAAUCGAUGAAGGUGCUUGCCUGUAUAGCCACCACGAGGUCGAGGACAGCUGUGACCUUGACGUUGACAAAAGUAAGCUGCCAUUGCAGUUAGCCAUUCUAGGACGCCCUAAUGUUGGUAAAUCAACCUUAUUGAAUGCAUUGUUGCAAGAAGACCAUGUUCUUGUGGGUCCUGAAGCUGGUUUGACAAGAGAUUCAAUCAGAACCCAGUUUGAAUUUCAGGGAAGAACAAUUUAUCUGGUUGAUACUGCUGGUUGGUUACAGAUGCAGUCUACUCCGGGCAUUAUGCAAUCAAGGAAGAGUCUACUCCAGGCUCAUAUAAUUGCUUUGGUACUAGAUGCAGAAGAGAUUAUAAAUGCAAGACGAAGUAUGAAACAUGCUGAAGUAAUUAUAGCCAGAUGGGCAGUGGAAGAAGGACGUGGGCUGGUUGUGAUUGUGAACAAGAUGAACCUUCCAAGAGGCAAACACCAAUCGUCAUCCUAUGAGAAGGUUAUGGAAAUUGUUCCACAAGAAAUUCAGACAAUUAUACCUCAGCAGGUAAAAGGAAUCCCAGUUGUAUUCAUUUCAGCAUUGGAGGGAAGGGGCAGGACCACUGUCUUGAAUCAGGUCAUCGAAACAUAUGAAAAAUGGUGUUCAAGAUUACCUACAGCUCGUCUAAACCGUUGGUUGCAAAAGGUUAUGAGCAGGCAUUCUUGGAAAGGCCAAGCAGCACAGCCUAAGGUUAAGUAUUUCACUCAGGUCAAGGCCCGGCCACCUACAUUUGUUGCGUGACUCAACUUUCUGAUACAGACAUUAGGUUCUUAACCAAGUCCUUGAAGGAGAACUUUGAUUUGGGUGGAAUUCCUAUACGGCUCAUGCAACGUUUUGUCACUAAGAAAGAUGCCAGUGGAAGUGAAACUAGAACUAGCAAGAAUAGCCAUUCAGUAGGCAGAGUGAUUGAAAGGACUGUCUCUGACAAGAGAAGUGUCUUAGUUGAAUAACAAAUUUGACUUCUCAUUGAAGGGCAUGAGCAUCACUCCGCAAAAUUUGCUUAAACGAGUUUAGAGUAAUUUAAUUAUAAUUUUGUUCUCACUUCAAUUCAAAUGAACAACAAGAUUCACUCUUUUUGUUUUGUACGUUUAAUAUUUUGUAGGACAUAGUAUUUGGAAACAACUGAACAUGGAUCAGGGUUCUCUUAAGGAAUAAUUAUACUCAUUCAUCUUAAUUUUUUACCACUCA